UUCCCAGUAUCCAUCAACAUGGGUGCUGAAAGACUUCUCUUUGACUGGAGAAAAGUCGGUCCUGGAGGAGAAGUCUUUCAGGAGGUUUUCAUGUAUGAUGCAGGCAUCCAUUACAACAACGGUCGUUCAGGUCAGAGUCCGCAGUUCAAAGGACGAGUCUCACAUUUCCCAGCAGAACUGAAGCACGGCAACGCCUCCAUCGUCAUCAGCAACACGACAGCAACCGACAGGGGAAACUACACCUGUUAUUUUCCACGUCUGCAGCCUCCUCAGACAUUCUACUUUGAGCUGGAUGUUGAUCUCCACUUUAAGGACCGAUCAGGAGAAGACCCAGCUGCAACUCCAAAGCCGUCCGUCACGACUCUCACAGCCGACUGGGCUCUUCUGCAGUGUGAGGUUCCUGGUGCUUCUCUAAACACUAAAGCAGAGUGGCAGAGCGGAGAUGGAAACAGACUCCAAGCUGAGGAGAAACGAGUCCCAGAGAAAGACCACGACCACGUCUUCAUCUCUCUCAGCGUUAAUGUGACCAGGACAGACCUCUACCGCUGUGUGGUCUCUCAGGAGGACAUCAAGCAUCGGGUCUCUGCUCAGACCUUUGUGUUCAUUAGUGAGAAACAAAAGAUGGAGUGUAAGGAAGGCUACAGCAUGCUUAUGGUUGGCAUCACUUCAUUCGUUUUGGGAGCUGUAAAUCUUGCUGUAGUUCUGGCUUUGCUUGUAUUUGCAAAGCGCAUCAAAAUACUCCACAAUAAAGAUUCUGCUCUGAAGGGAGAAGAGGAGAUCAACCUACCGUCUAACGGGACAAACGAUCCUGAUAAAGAUGCUUCAAAGCUGCCACUGCAGUCAGCUGAGUGUUAGCGUUACAUCUGAUGAAAAGGUGUGUGAACAACCUGAGUUUCCUGAGUGAGAGGACAUUCAGGU